GUCAAGAAACAUGCUGAGAUAGCAUUCGCAGCUGGACCUACCUUACCUAAACCCGCCCGCUCGCUCUCGGUCUGUCUCUGUCUGUCUCUGCCUCUCUUCCGUGAUGGAAUGCAGAGACAAACCUCAUCCAUAUUCCAACAGGUAGUCUUGCCUUACUUGGCAAGGCGGACCAUUGGUUUCGAAAGCGCGUAUCGAGUGAGGCAUGGAUGCUCGGGUGGUGGUAGCGGUUCAAGUUCACGUCCAAGUGCAGCUCCAUGGACAGGUGGACCCCUCGUCGGAUCCUCUGAGCCACGUAGGAGACGGUGUUUCAGCUCAAGUUCAAGACGACACGGUCGGAAUAAGAACCAACAGAGCCCAUUCUCUACGCUUGAACAACCUGUGGAACAUUGGGAUCCACCGUUAUUAGAUGGUCCGCCUUGGGCUAUCCCACCUCAACCUCCACCACGGCGUUUCUCGAGGCCUCCUGCAGGUCAGACGAGCCUCGCAUCGAGACACGAAUUAGCGAUACCUCCUCCUGGACCUAUUAUUCCACCACCUCCGUUGAUACGGAAAGGAUCUUCUGGAGGGCAGAUCCCGUCAGUCAGCAACGGGGAUGCUGAGCUGCAAGAUACCUCUGCAAGACUGUCUCCUUCACUUUCAUCGACACCCUUGAUGCUCCCCGAUCAACCGCCUUCUUCAUCUUCCAGAUCAGAAGAAGAAUGCUCUAUCCCGAGGCCUUCGACCAUUCCGCCACAGCCGACAUUACCUCUGAUAACCUCUUCUGAAACUGAGUCUUUCACCCCUCGGACUGUCAAAGAAAUUCUCAAAUCCACACGUCGACUACCAAAUAGAGUCGAGCACGAGGAUGUCCGUCAUUUACCCCUGAGGACACGAACAGCCAUCAUUGCCAUGCGAAAGAUUGUGGAUGUCCAUAAGACGGAAACGGAACGGGGGAAAAUGUCGGCCAAGCCUUUGGGCUAUAAGCAUACCACCAGUCCACCUUUCCCACCAAUCAUCAACAAUCUUCUCCGGAGGAAAGAGUACGCCAUUGUCGUCACUCACAUUUUGCGCACCCCAGAACUAGCGACAAACGACGAGAUCAUUGACAACGUUGCUUCUCACUUGGAGAAUCAAGGUUCAGGUGAUCUGGCCUAUCGUCUACGUGGCCUACAAGAUGACAUUCGCCGAUUUUCUGUCGAUUAUUCCGUUGUCAAGCCUAAACUAUCGCGCAACAUUCCUCAAACUCCUUCCUCUUGGUUCACUAGUCAUCGAACACCUAUUCCGCCAGAUCCUGAACGGAUCUACCCCAGCCGAUGGACCGAUAGGCAAAAAUUGACACACUACUUCAAUGCUCGUCUUACGUAUCUCACCGAGACGCCUCUCGCUGCUCACCUUGCCAAGACCGACCCUUUGCUUCCCGAAUUACCAUCUUGGCAUCGACAUGGUCCGGGACUGCACCACUUGAAAGAUAUGAUCUGCACGAUCGAUCGAUACCGUCGUCAAGGAUUUCAACCUGAUCGAGUGACUGCCAAUCUCAUCCUUCGAGCUUGGCUUCAAUGUGCUCUCGCCAGUCCGCCUGCAAACCCGUACCGUGUCUCACCUAGUUCCAUCGAUGGAUCGCUUCGAUUGAAGACAAAAACACUGCCCAGAUCACCUCGAUUGACCCCUAAGCAACUCGAGGUAAUCUUCAAGAGUGUCUCAGAAGCAAUGGACAACAGUCUACAAGCCAUUGAUCACAAGACCGAAGCGGAAGAAGGAGAGCUGGAUUGGAUACGGCAUGUACAGCCUUUUGGAGAGAUCUUCACAGUGGCCUUCAACGCUCUGGGCGAUAGCCGAGGUGUCAAAACAGUUGAAGAAUGGUUGAAAUUGGCAAAGCGACAAUUAUUGUUGAUCGCUCAGUAUCGUUCGGUCGAGAGGCGGAUCAUUGUCAAGGACAUGAAAGACAAGAGAGCGAGAGACUCAAUCAGGGUCACUGAGGAACAGCAUCAGAUUGGAAGCAGAAAUCUUCAAGAGGUCAAAGUAGCAUUGCUCAGGGCUUUGGCAGAGCAAAGGAAGAGGCACAUGUGAGGGACAGCAAGUCGAACCUUUGCCUCAGCAGGCACAACUAGACAGACACCCAUACACAUACAGUAAAUUAUACAACAAGAUGCAUUGCAUAGCGACGAG